AUGCCGGCAAUCUAUCGUUCCCGUCACGGUCGCUUUCGCGGCUCCAGUCCUCCCAGUACAAAGUAUUCAGUCGAGGCAUGGACCGAGUUCUCGAAAACGUCUCUAGAGCGCAACGAGGAAGACGAAGCCCGCUUGGAACUUCUCAACAAACGAAGAAGACUGGGCAAAGAUUGGACCCAAGAUGAUGAGGAGUCUUUUGAGGAGAUCAUGUCUCGUAAAGAGGACCGGUCGGAGACUAAGCGCGCACCCCUACGCCGUGAUCUCGAAGGCUGCUUCGUGCAACUCGGCCUUGACCCCUUGCCGCCGCCUCUGGAAAAGUCAAGCCACUGGCUCGACACGCGACGACCAGGCGACUAUCAGAAUUCUGAACUGAGGCCAUUCUUGGUGGCAUGUGAAGAAGGCUCCCUCGACGUUGUCAGGCAAGGGGUCUCAGCAGGCUCGCUGCGACAUAUCAGUUUCCAGGACGGCCUAGCCUGCGCCGCGAGGGGCAACCAACUCGACGUUGCGCGUUAUUUACUCGAGGAGGGGGCGCGACCCCACGCUGCGGUUAUUGUUGCUGCAUGCCGUGCGCUCUCACUGCCUCUUUUCGAACUCAGUGCCCGAUAUGGAUACCAUCCUAAUCAACAGGUCCCCAGCCCCGACGGCCGGUUCAGAGUAGCGUUAAACCAUUGCCUUGGCAGCGAGAGUGUUACGCGGUUUCUCCUGGAGAAUGGCGCUGACCCGGACCUUGCGCCCUUUGCGGACAAUAGGACAGCGGACUGGGGAUAUAGGGCGGCUCCUCCCAUGGACCGGACAUCGGGAUUGGCGCUGGACCGCGCCGUAGAUAAGAGGAGCUUUGGAGUAGUAAAGAUGCUACUUGAGCAUGGUGCUAAUCCGGCCUAUGCUCAUCCGCUCCAACGGGUCAUCCACCUUCAUCGAGACCACCUGGCUGCCGAUACUGAACAAGCAUAUACUGAUGGUCACACGAAAGAGGACGAUGCGCAAUGGCGCCAGCUCAUUGACAUGCUCCUCCUUUACGGCACGGACAUCAACGCUGUUACGUAUGGAGGAGGUACAGCGCUGACGAGUGCAGUGGCUCAGAAGAUGUGGGACGUCGCUGAAUUUCUUCUGGAGCGCGGGGCUGAUCCGAGGAUAAAGAAGCCAGUUUUGAAUCUUGAUGCUUUUGCCAUUGCAGCCAAAGAUGCGGGGACAGUUUGGGACGCGAUGAGGGUUUCAGAGUACGUGUCGUAUCUCUGCGAGUCGGGCGACAGGACUUCGUACGACACAGAUGUCCCACCUGCGGCUCCCGAAGGAGUGCGGGAAAAUCCUUUAGUUCCAAUAGUGGAGGGGGUCAAGAGAAGGCGUAAAAACGUGUCCAAGGAGUGA